AUGGAGAAUAGACCCUUGGAUCAGAACGAGCUGUCAUCAGCGCCGACGGUAGAGGAGGAUGAAAAGGACGCGACGUCCACUGACAAGCUAUCCACAGCUCAACAGAAGGAUGUUACUCCUCCUUUCCAGAAAUGGAUAAAUAGCUUUCGAGUUCGACACCGUGGACCUUCCACGAUAGCGGAACGAAAUGUCGAUGGAUGGGAAAAUCCUCCGUCGGACUCUUAUGCUGAUAACCAGACCUUUGAAAGUUCAUCACAGAAUUCGUCGCAGCUCGGGACCGUCAAAACAAUUUCAUUGAGCGUUGCAAGCCAGAGCAUGGCAAUGUCAAGGUCACGAUCGCGAGGUGCGGCCAGCGCAUUUUCAUCGGAUAUGCGAGGUUCAGGCGACUCGGAAGCCAGCUCUCGUCCAACCUUGAGUGAUUAUGUGGAUGAAGCGGCAGAUACGAGAGCGGAGAAGAGACGACAAGUGCUGAGAGAGCUGGUCACAACUGAAACUGACUACGUUACUGGUCUCAAAGCUUUGUCAGGAGUUCUCUCUAUACUUGACAUACGAGCUCAGAUCCAGCGAAAUAUCGCGCGAAUUUGUGUGAUCCACGAAGAAUUUUUGGCUCGGCUCCACGAAGUAACACCCGACUCAGCCUCGAAGAUAGCAACAGACAUGCCUGGUACUCUUUCUCGACUAGCGGCCGGUGAUAUUCCUGGGCUGAAGAACCUUUCGACUCGAUCCGUGCAGAAUCACAACUUCAAAGUUUCAAUUAAAGAACGUCUUCGGGUCCUGAGGGCGGAAGCUGUCGAGUGCUUCAAAGUUGCUCGUGAAAUAGAGGGCUUGUCUACCCUUUUCUCUGAAUACGCUGAAUUUUGCACCAACUAUGACCUUUUGGCUGAGGACGUCGCUAUGGUGCGCCGAUCGGUUUCAGAUUGGGCAAUAUAUGAUAAGGGUAUUGAAGCGUUAUCGAAGUCUGUUGCUUCGAUCGAGAGCCGGAAAAACGAAGAGAACAAAGCAAUGUCGUUGAAUGAUCUAAUGAUUAAGAUGCAGCCAAUACAACGUUUAUGUAAAUACUCCCUUCUCCUCCAGGACCUCCUACGAAACACACCAAUCAGUGACUGCCCAACUUCUCAUGGCGGCAUACGAGAGAUACUGGAAAGUCUACGUGUUUUAACUUCACAAAUCAAUGCAGCAACUGGGAACCCAGUCAAAAAGGAUUUCAUUCAAAAGACUGUACGCCUACAACAGAAGAUUGAUCUAUCUGAUUCAUUACCGCUUCGUGAUAUUUACAAAGAACUUGGCCCAAUGUCCUUGUGUGGUGUGCUCCAUGUCACUUACCAGGCACAGAACGGAGCUGAUGGGGAAUUCAUGGUAUGCGUUUUGUUUAGCUGCUAUCUCCUUUUUGCCAGACGUUCCAAAGACUCCAAUCGAUUGAGUGUAGUGGCCUGUAUUUAUAUUGCUGACUUGAGAACGGAUACUCAGCGAAACGGACGAGGGCUCGAUUGUUACGAUUCCUUGUUCACAUGGAAGCUUUUAUUCCAAGAUCAUAAGGAAAGCUGUGAGUUGGUGCUCAGUGCAUCCUGUGCAGCUGAAGAAAGACUAUGGAAGAUGGAGACCUUGAAAGCGUCCGCUGCUCUGACUGCGACGCCCGCCAAACCAGGAGCAACACAGAACCCGAGAAGAUACUCGUUCAACACCCUUAAUCUUAUGCAGCUAGACCGAGUUCAUUAUACAGUGGCGUCUGUGGCCCGGCGACAGUCCAUGGAUUCUGUGGCAAUCACGAAAAGAUCACAUGUUCAACGUGUUAUCAUCAAGAAAACGCACAAGCCACGCAAAAACGUGACCAUCCAAGACGUCACUGAAGAGGUUAAUGAGGCGACUCCCAAGGAGCCUGAGAGUGAGAUUGAACGGCCAAAGACACCAGUUUCACCGAAAAUUAUGACAGUGACUGGCAAACGGGCGAGCCGAAUUUAUCUUGAAAAAAUGAUCGCAGAUAUAUACACGAAAGAUGUUCUCCCAUAUCCGGGAAUGGUCCUUGGCCGGAGUGACCUUUUCGAUCGUUCAACCAUUAUGAGACGCCUCAGCUUGCACACUGGAAAGCAGUUCAGCUCCAUCAGUAUGUCCCUUUCCAGGUCUGCGCCUGUUGACUCACGCCCGAGUGCGAGUUACAGCGGCGAGGAAAAGACAAAUAUAGCGAGUCAAGACGGUUGUAAUGAUCAACGUGACUCUGUUGAGGAGUCACCAAAGACACCCACAUCCUCACUUAGACGAUCGAUGACCUUGAGAAUCCAAGAAACAUCCAGGAGGUCUAUUGGAGCACUAUCUCUCUCUUCUCCUCGGGGUGAGAAGAGCCACAGUCAAGAAAUUGAACCUGUUGCAACACCAGUUCCAAGUCCAACACGAAAGAAGUGGUCGAAGAAUUUGUUCAGCGGGUUUUCAAAAAAUCUCCGUCGUACGGAAGCAGGGAAUGAGGGUUAG